CCACAAGCUUGAGAAGCCCGAAGCGCCAUCUCCGUCUUGGUGCAUGAUUGUGGGAUGACCGGAGAUCCUCUGGACUGGGAUCUCAGGCCUUUCCCAUCGAACCCUCGAUAGCGCCACCUUUGUUCGCAGCGAUCUUCUAGAGGCGGACAAAAACGGUCUGGAAGGCCUUCGAGCACAUUACACAAGAUCUGCCAUUUUAAUGGGAGAUUGCUUCCGUCUGUAACACCUGAGCCACUUCCAAUUGUUAUUGAAGCACACCCAGAGUCUCAAAAAUGUCGACAGCUGACAAUUCGACGACGUCCGCCAACGCCUCUAAAGGCCGAUCGAAGCCGCCAAGUCUGCUCGCUUGUAUACCGUGUCGCCGUAGUCAUCUGAAAUGUAGUGGUGAAAAGCCGUUAUGCAAGCGGUGCGCCGAGCGGAACAGCGACUGUUUCUGGGUAGAAUCCAGAAGAGGAUACCGGGAAUUCAGAAAGCCCCAAUCCUCCAUCGACGACAAAGGUUCUGAGAGGCCGACCAGAAAUGAUGCCAUAUUCCACGAAUCGCAAGCUCCCCACCUUCAACCAUCCUUUCAAGGGGUCGACGAGGCUGACCCUUCUGAAAUACGGUCCCUUACCUACGACGAACUCUUUCCUCUCGGCAUAGAUCCAACCUUCACCACGAUGCCGCUGGAGCUGCAGACAAUUUACCAUGGGCCCUCCAGUCCAGGCGGACAAAGUGAUUCAACCAUGUCGAUUCCUCGAGAACCUAGCUCGACCGGUCCUAGGAGGGGAGGUGAUGACCUGAUCGACCUGUUCUAUAAGCAUUUUCACCCUGCUCACCCUUUUAUCAUACCGAGGAAGACAUACAUUGACAGCCCAUUAACUCUACCCAAGCCAUUGCGGGCUGUCAUUCACUACCUAGCAAGCCACUAUGUUCCUGGGACAAACCAAAAUGCCCUGGAGACUGCCGCCAAAGGCAUCUUCUCAGACGACGUUCCUGACGAUGGAUACAGAGUCCAAGGUCUUCUCCUCUACGCCAUGACGUGCUUCUCGCGCUUUACCCAAGAGGAAGGAGCCAAAGCACUCGAGCAAGCCAUCGACAUCGCUCUGAGAAUCGGCAUGAACAGACAGAGCUUCGCCAUCCAGCAUGGCCGCAACGACCCAACCAUACAAGAGUCAUGGCGUCGGACAUGGUGGUCACUGUUCAUUGUGGAAGCCACCGUCGUCGUCAUCGGUGGGCAAUCACAACCAUUCAGACUAUACACAACCUUCACCGACGUCCCUCUGCCGGGCGACGACGAGGACUACAAUGACGCUCGAUCCUCACCUCUUCCUCGCAGCCUUGCCGAUCUCCGGAAUCGCACCUUCUCUGAAGACACAUACGCAUACUCGUCCUUCGCCUACGCCAUCGAGGCAGCAUAUAUCCUCGGCUCGGUACUGGCCCUUGGACCAGACACCUUCGCCGUGACCGAUCCACAAGUCGAAGCCAUCGAUGCCAGCAUCACGAACUAUUUCCUCUCCCUGCCCCCAGCCAAGAGGGAAGUCAUAGGCCAAUGCGGCCUCGUCGAUGAAAACCUCCUCGUCGCCCAUCUGCUCAUCAACUGGGCUGCCAUCAGCCUGCAUCGACCUCGAUCCAGCCUGACCUUUAUCCGCAACCACUACCGCACAACAUGCACAAGGGCCGAAGCCGCCGGCCUUCCUGCGCUGGCGUACUCGUCACACACAGCCAAAGCCCUCCGCGCGGCCAACAACAUCGUCAACCUUGCCACUGUUCAACACUCUAUGAUCGAUGCACCCCCUGUGCUGAUGUGCGGGAUCACCACCGCCGCAACCGUGCACUUGCCAGCAUACUCGAUGAUUGACAGGCCAGACCAAGCCAUCGCCAUCAAAGAGCGCUUACAAGUUGCAGUUUCCGCGCUCGCGGCGUUCGCCGAGAUCUGGCCGCGCGCCAACAUCGCCAAGGGUCAAGUCGCCAAGUUUGCGCGAGAGGUGCUCACCAAGCCGAAUGUGUGUGUGGACAGUACGGGCCCGGGUAUGAUUCCAAGGAUCGCGCCGGAGCCCAUGCCCCAGUUGCAGUAUGACAUGCCGCCGUUCAACAAUGAGCUGUGGAUGGAGAAUUUGAUCGAGACGCAGCCAAAUGUCGGUGAUGGACCCGGGUGUGCGGUGUUUGAUAACUUUACGAUGCCGCAAUUGCAGGAUACUGUGACCGCGAACAUGUCAGCCCUUGAGAGCACGACGACGACAAUGCCGGCACUUCAGAGCGCGUCAUGAGCUGCACGCCACUUGAGGAUAGCGCCGGCUUUCCUCUAUACCAGGCAUCGAUGCAACUGCUAUCGGACGCUUCGUCGUUUGCUGCUAGUAGUGUGGUUUUUGGCCUGUAAGGAAGCUCGCUCUAUCUCUGCCAAAGAAGGUAUCUUGCUUCGCUUCGGUCUCCAACAGAGCCAAUUCACAGUCCUUGCACUACAAACUCUAGCUGCAAUCAGGAACACACCAAUCCAAUCAUGGAAAAGCCCACUCAGCACAAGCGGGGUUAGAGGUUGCUGGUAGUAGCCGGGACACAGAAAAGCCGUGUAUCCCUUGUGAGGAUGUGGUGGUUGAGCUCCGUCAUCAGCCCAGAAUACAGUAGCCAAGAGCGUGCCUCGCUUCUGCCCUAAGGUGACAAAGACAUUGGUUGAGUUGAGGCGACGUACCAAAUUGGGUGCGGUUGGAAAAUUGGAGAACGGCAGACUGCAGGCAAUGGCACGGGUUGAUGAGAAAGGUCCAGAGGCGGAAGAACGGGCAAUAGCAUGCUGGUGGACAGGGAUUAAUACGCCAUUGAUGACCGUGAACGAAGUGUUUGUAUGAUACACCAUGAAGGAAAGGCCUCGCAACCUCGAAGCCGGGUUACCGGCAGCUCAGGUACUAGUAGUUUAUUGUACUGUGUAAUGAUAUCCCACUCUCGCUUUCUUCA